ACACCGCUUCAUCACAAUGUAUACAUUUAUUUUAAUCUCUUUAUUUCUAGUAAAUACUGUAAAAUCUGAGGUGAAUGGAAAAUACUGUGAAGGUUUUAAGACAGACUUCGAUAUAAAGAAAGCGAUUGGACGUUGGCACGUCGUGGCUGUUAUACCAGACACCAACUUUUCCAACAAGUUCGAUAAUGUGACGUGCUAUAGAGUGGACUUCAGUGAAGUUGAUGAGGCAAGCCUCAAGUGGAUGAUAACGAAACGGCUCGGUCGUCCUACAGAACAGCUCAUGGACAGUGAGCCAGGUGAAGUUAUACGCCUACGAUACCAUACAGAACAGCCUUUUGAUAUCUGGUCAAAGUCAGUGCAUGAUCUAAAGGGAUGCUACAGACAACUGAUAGACUUGAAAAACAACGAAACCGAGUUACAUCUAGCAAAUACAUUGGACUCGCCCAUGUUGCUGCAUGUACUGGAGACUGGAUACGGGCCAUUUCUUCUCCAAAUCCUCUGGGGACGACUGGCCGCUGUAAUCUAUCGAAGAGAACCGGGUGUUACGAUUGAAAAACUUCGGCCAGUGACGGAGUUUUUAUCGCUCUAUAGGGGAACAGCGGAGCGGGCAAAGCUUUGCGGCUCAAGACAGUUUACAACUAAAAGACCAGAGCCAGUUCCAGUUUCUAUAAAGUCUAAAAUUUUAGAAUAAUUGUAAUGGACAUUGCAGCACCACUAUUUGGUUUCACAUUCUUAAUAAUUCAUUUCAUUUAUAAUAUCUAUAUUUUUAUUAGUAUUUAUUAAGAAUCCAUUUACCAUUAAAAUUCCAUUUUUUUCUCAAUUGUGUAUACCACUUGAGCUAAUUCUUUAAUUGACUGGUUUAUAGAUUGCGGAACUGGAUUUCGCAAUAAUAUAUUAUUCUUAGACAAUCGAUUUAAAACAAUAUAUCUUGUUUAAAGAGUUAUUUACGAUGUUGUAUUCAGUUAAUAACAAAUUGUGGUCUAGCACGAACCUAAUACAGCACACACGAUAUCCAGGUAAAUUAAUUUUGUAUUUAGAGUCUAAAUAAUAUUAGUUUCACAUCUUCAUUUUACAUUAUAUUUUAUACAAAAUUUGAAUUAAAGUUUUAUUUUAAAUAAAAAAAAACCUUCUAACUCUAUCAAUAAGUACCAACAAGAAAUUGUUCUAGCUGAGUACGACAAUUUAUAUUAUUUUUAAUGAAUUAGACAGGCGUCUCACUUUUUAGGUGUAGAUGCAAUAUUAGUCACGCUUGUCUAAUAAAAUCAUUUUUAUGACACAAAAAUAUUUUGAGAUGGAGUGGACAUUGGAUGCUGAACUACUACAUUUCAUCACAAAAACAUAAACCCCGGUCUUACUAC